CUUGUCGGCGUACUUGGUGCGGAAGUACUUGGCGGCGUUGACCAUGUUGGUCAGCGCAGCCUUGGUCUCGGCCCACUGGCGGGUCUUCAGACCGCAGUCGGGGUUGAUCCAGAGCUGCUCAGGGCGGAGACCGUUGUUAAGCAUCUCCUCGAUGCGGGUCUUGAUCUCCUCCUCGGAGGGAACACGAGGAGAGUGGAUGUCGUAGACACCAGGGCCGAUGUGGCGGGGGUAGGCCUUCUCCUCGAAGACACGGAGGAGCUUGGCGUCAGACUUGCUGUUCUCGAUGGACAGGACAUCGGCAUCGAGGGCAGCGAUGGCGUGGAAGAAGUCCUGGAACUCGGAGUAGCAAAAGUGAGAGUGGAUCUGAGUGGAGUCCUCGACACCGGCGGUGGACAGCUUGAAGGAGUCAACAGCCCAGGCGAGGUAAGCCUCACGCUCCUUGCCGGAGCGGAGAGGGAGACCCUCACGGAGAGCAGGCUCGUCGACCUGGAUGACGUAGAUGCCGGCGGCCUCGAGGUCGACGACCUCGUCGCGGAGAGCCAGAGCAAGCUGCUGGGCCUGGACGGACUGGUGAACGUCGUCACGGGGGAAAGACCAGCGCAAGCAGGUGAUGGGACCAGUAAGCAUGCCCUUCAUGACGCGCUUGGAGUGAGCAGCAGCGUACUUGGACUCCUUGACGGUCAUGGGCUGGUUGUUGCGGCGAGAGAUGUCACCGACAACGAUGGGGGGACGGACGCAGCGGGAUCCGUAGGACUGGACCCAGGCGUGGGUGGUGAAGACGUAACCGUCCAUGCGCUCACCGAAGUACUGAACCAUGUCGUUACGCUCGGGCUCACCGUGGACGAGGACGUCCAGGUCAAGCUCGUUCUGGAUGGCGAUGACAUCGUCCAUCUCCUUCUCGAUGAACUUCUCGUACUGCUCAGCGGUAAUCUCACCCUUGGUGAACUUGUUGCGCUGGAUACGGAUCUCCUUGGUCUGGGGGAAGGAGCCGAUGGUGGUGGUAGGGAAGAGAGGAAGGUUCAGGUGCUUCUUCUGGGCAGCAAUACGAGUGGGGAACUCAGACUUGCGGUUGUGCAUCUCAGGGGUGACCUCAGACUGGCGCUUCUUGACGUUAGGGUCGUUGGUGCGGGCAGACGUAGCGCGGGACUGGAUGUCCUUGGCGUUGGCAUCAAGCUGGGCCUGGACGGAGGCAGCGUUGGUGAUGGCCUUGGCAAUGGUGGCAACCUCAACGGCCUUCUCGGAGGCGAAGGAGAACCAGGCGUAGACCUCCUCAGGGAGCUUCUUCUCGGAGGUAAGAGUGUGGGGGGUGUGGAGGAGGGAAGAAGAGGUGGCGACGAUGACACGGUCCUCGCCGAGCUUGGCAAUAGCCUGCUUGACGGUGUCAAUGGCGCGAGAGAAGUUGGUCUUCCAGAUGUUACGGCCGUCGACGACACCGGCGGACAGGAUCUGCUUGGGGCCGAGCUUCUCAACGACGGGGCCGAGCUGCUCGGGGUUGCGGACAAGGUCGACGUGGAGGCCGUAGACGUUGCUGAUGGAGGGGAGGACGUCAAAGUUGUGGACGAUGUCACCGAAGUAGGUGGCCAGAACCAGCUUGGGGAGGCCGGCGGCGGUGAGAGCCUCGUAGGCGGGCUUGAAGGCAGCCUUGGACUUCUCGGGGAGGUCGAAGACGAGGAUGGGCUCGUCAAUCUGGACAGUCUCGGCACCAGCGGCCUUGAGCUGCUUCAGGAGCUCAACGUAGACGGGGACGAGCUUGUCGAGCAGAGAGAUGGGGUCAACGGACUGGCCACGGUCGGGCUUUCCCAGGUGGAGGAAAGAGACGGGGCCGACAAGGACGGGGCGGGUGAUGAUGCCGGCCUCCUUGGCCUCGUUGAACUCAACAACGGGCUUGGGGUUGGCAGCGAGCUUGAAGGUCUGGCCAUCCUGGAGGGUAGGCUUGACAUAGUGUAUUUGUUUUACGUUAUGAGAUUUUUUCAUCGCCCGUGCAUGAGCGGGGGCGGGGGCGGGGCUUACCAGAGAGGGGACGUCGAUGCCGUCCUUCUGGUGGCCGCGGCCCAUGGCGAAGUACUCGUCAAUGGGCUCAAGCUUGGUCUCGGCGUAACGGGGAGGAAUGGCCUGAGGCAGGUUGUCAGCUUGAUGAUGGGCUUAGUGAGAUUUCGGGAGCUGGAUGUGGUCAAGGACCUGGUCGUAGAAGGCAAAGUCGUUGGAGGGGAUGAUGUCGACACCGGCAUCCUUCUGGAUCUUCCAGUGGGCGAGACGCAGUCUCUUACCCUCAGCGAGGAGCUCAUCGCGAGAGAGCUUGCCGGCCCAGUAAGCCUCGUUGGCCUUCUUGAGGUCACGGUUCACACCCAUGCGGGGGAAACCAAGAACCGAGGACUGAACCAUCUUGAAUGCUGUUGCUGA